AUGACUCGCUAUUUCUGCUGUGGAAACUACUUCCCAGGUUACCCUUGCUAUGGAACCAACUUCCACGGGACCUACAGAGCCACUCCCCUGAACUGUGUUGUGCCUCUGGGUUCUCCCCUGAACCAUGGCUGUGGAACCAUCUACAGCUCCCGCAACUUCUGUUAUGGCGGCAUUAGUAACUACCAAAAUCCAGGCUGUUGCUAUGGCAGCAGCCUCUACAGGCCAUGGGGCUCUGGCUCUGGCUUCGGCUACAGCACCUACUGAUGGACCAAUGGCUCUGAAGACUACAGGACCCUCAACCAGUUAUCUUCACAAGGAACAACCUGAAAACACAAUGUCUGUCGUCCAGCCUCCCAGGUGCUUGGAAGAUACAGACAACUUACAAUGAUAUGGCUCUUCAGUGAUGCUGAACAUGAUGGCAGUGCCACACUGAAACUCAUCUACAGCUAAGGAAAGCAAGACACAGCUUUUUACAAAAGACUGAAAUCUAGCCGUGCAGGAG